AUGAACUCAAUUCUAGAUUCAACUAAUUGCAAUUAAUACAUUAGAAAGCGUGGGAGAAAAAGACUAGCUGAUCAAUAGUGGAGAAUCUGUGAUGAGAAGGAGACUGAGGAGAUGCGAAAAAGAAAUAACUAAACAUUAGAGUAAGAUUAAACUGAUCUUAAAUGCUGUAGAGAUAUGUUGAAGUCAAAAAAGACAUCAAUAAAAAAUGCUGAAUAAGAGCAGUACUCAUAGUAGUAUUACUAGGCAUAUGCGAGUCACCAAUAGCAAGCAUAAGUUGAAGUACCGGUCAUUUACACUAAAGAAAGAAUAGAAAAUGCUAUUAGGAAGUAUGAGUCAAUGUAUCGGGAAUAUGAAUAAUGCGGCAUUACUCUCAGAGUAAAACACUAUCUAAAAAUGCUACCAGAAGUUUCCUAAAAAAUUAAAUUAUAUGAACUUGAUGACGAGCACACCUUAAAAAUAGUAGGAGAGAUUUCUCAGAUGCUUAUGAUGGAUGAAUUUGAGAUCAUUAACUGGAUCAAAUUCAUUGACAGGUUUGAUUUUAAAAGAGAAACAUUCGCAAUGGAUUUAUUUUUUAUUGCCCUUGCAACUAAGCUCUUGCUGAACAACUAGAAAUAAAAAGAGCCUUUUGAAAUUUACUUAAGUAAAACGAAUCAAUAGUUCUUCUAUUUUAACCAUUGGAUUGCUGUCAAUAACAGUAGGUUCUAUUAGGAUAUACGCGAUUCUUUAAUAACCCAUAGGAUUUUUAAGAAACUUAAUAAAACCCUAAUGCCAAAGUUCUUCGAGCUAAAAGAUGAUACCCCAACAGAAAUUGAGAUAGAACCUGAUUUCAAUAUGCUGGUUGAAGAGAUCAUUAAUCAGGAAGAGGAAAGUAAAAAAUAGCCUGAAAUAAAUGAUGAAGAAAUGAAAUUAGCAAAUGACAUAAAGAAGUUUGAUCUUUUUAAUGGGAGCAAGAAUGAUAGAAAUAAAUUAGAUACUAAGGCAAUCAAUAGCCUGAAGGAAGCUUUGGACUAGCUAGAGAGAAACUAAGCAUAAAAUCAUAUUAGUCAUAAUUUAUAAGGAACUCACUCUAAUAAUCAUAAUAGCAAUGGUGCUCAUGCCACUCAUAUGAAUUAAAAUUUGGGAAGAUUGAUUUCAUAAAGCCCUUUAAUGGCAAUUUUACAUGACUAGCUCAGUAUUGUUCAAACACCUGCAAAUGGGAUAGACUUUUUGAUGAAGGACUCUAUGAUUUUUCCAUAAAAUGAUCUAUUUGGAUUCAGCCCUUUCAGUAACCAAUUACAAGAUAACCUUCAAAGAAGGAUCAAAAUAAUAAUGUCCAUCAAAGAAGCUAAAUUAAUAAUCCUGGCACUGGCUUUCAGAUAAAUCAAGGGCUUUAUUAAGCAGCAAAUAAUCUAAAUGACUCUUUAAUACAUUUUGGCAAUCAAGAACUUCAAGAUUUCUUUGAAAAUGAGGAUGAAAUAGAAGACUUUGAGAAAAAUUUGCUCAAUUGAUGAUUUAAUAAUUAUAGAACUGAUCGAUUAUUCAUCUGAGGAAGACAGCUAUUCAAGUGAAAGUGAUUAAGAUAGAGUAGAAUUUAUAAGAAGAGCUAAGAAGAUUCUAGAAAAUGCUAUUAAAGUGGAAGAAAAGUAAGAAUAAAUUGGAUUUGUAGCGGAGGAUUCUGUUAUCAACUAAAAUUUUGACAUUAAUGAUUAGCGAUUUUUAUACUAAGGCUAGAACUUUGAUAGUUUACCUGAGGCUUUGAAUGGAAUCGAAAAUUUUGGUAGCAUUAUAAAGUAAAACUUCUAAGUCAUUUUGCAGUCAUUAAAUCAAGUUGACAGAGAAAAAUUAUUCUAGCUAUUACCAGGUCAAGCUAGAGACAAAGAGAGACUUUUGACAUAAAUUCUGAGAGGAGAUAGAGUUAGUAACCUAGGAUAGAGUCCAUUAGAUCAAUUUUAGCUAAAACUUUAAAAUGGUGUAUUCACUAAAUCUUUCUAGUAAUAUUAAGAAUACAGAAACCAGUUAACUCUAAUUAAGAAAAGAGAUAAGAUACUUGAGGAUCUGAGAAACAUCGAUAUCCUACAAAAAAAGGAAAGAUUUGCUGAGGAGAAUUAACUUCAUGAAUUCUUGAAUCAGCUAAUUUAGCCUCUUUAAAAUGUAGCAAGAGUUGAUGUCAUGAGUGAUGAUUCAGAAGAAGAGGAUGAGUACACAGAGGAGGAGAAAGAAAUUUACAACUAGAUCCACGCAGAAUUUGAAGAACUAACAAGUGGAUACACUACUAUUUCAUCUAAUAGAGGGGAUUACUCAAACUACAGAAGGCCCAUUAAUAAUUUGAUUUAGCAAUAAGCCGCAUCAAUGAGUUUGAAUAGAUUGACCACUCUCAGUCAAAUGUAAGGAGUCUCAAUGGCAAACAACAUAGAGCUAUAGAAAUAAUAAAACGCUCAGAAUAGCAAUGAGUAGUCAUUCAGUAACAAAGCUGACUAGAACAACAAAAAAUCAUCUAUUAUAAGUCUUAAUCCAAAAGGUGGUGUUGAUAGUGCAACUAAAAAGAAGGGAAGCUUUUAGGCCACAAAUAGAGAAUUUGGUGAUUCAAAACUGUUAGAGCAAAUUAUGAACUCGGAGAGAUUCAAAAAUUUGAAAGUCCACAAGAAUCAAGUAACACUUCCUAAGACAUCUGCUGAAUGGAUAGAAAUAUACAGAAGACAAGAAACUGAAAGGUAUGAACAUCCAACUAGACCAUGGAUUUAUUACAAUGAAGAUGGGACAACUUCAAUAGUUGGUCCAAUCAUAAAGAAAAAGACCCAAUAAACCAAUUAAAAGCCAAGAGAUCAUCCUUAAAUGCACUAAAAUCGACCUGCCAUUGUUACAUUACUUUGUUUAGCAAGAGAUGCAGCGAGUAGAUUGCCAGAUGGAGUUGGGACUAGAGCAGACAUUCUAGAAUUAAUAAAACAAAGUUAAUGGCUGAAAUCAGAGGGGACAGAUCCAGCUGGUUUAAAUAAUAUAGUUAGUGGAGCACUAGAUAGACUUCAUUAUGAGGAUGAUGCUUGUGUUAAGUAUGAUUCGGACAGAAAACUCUGGAUAUAUUUGCACAAAAAUAGGACGAUUGACUAUUCUGAAUGGCAAACUUCAGGCUCAAAUGAGAGACCAAACACAAUGGACAAUAAUAGUUUCAAUCCAUAUCUUGGGACUGAGAAAGAAUUGAUUUGGAAAAAUUCACCUCACAGAGAAAGAAAGAAUUAUGGUGUCAAAUAUGAACAUGAUAAUGAUAACUCUGAAAGUAUUAGUUCUACAAACAAUAACAUCAAUAUAAACAUGGGCAGCAGUUUGAAUAGUAUUCAACCUAGUCUUACACAACAAAACACAAAACUCAUUGUGAAAAUAAGAUUUGACAAGGAAGAGACAAAGCCUGCACCUAAAAGGACAAAGCAUACUAGCGUGGAAUAUGAUGAAUUCGGGGAACAAAAGCCUCAUAAAAGAUAAAAAUAUUGA